AUGAGAACAUAACAACAGAAACAACAAAAUUAGUAGGUGAUGCAGCUGAUGUAGCUCUUUAUCAUUUAUGUCAAGAUAAAUGUGGAGUUGAUAUAGAAAAUGUGCGAAAAGUAAAUCCACGUAUCAAUGUUGUUCCAUUUAAUUCGAAGAAUAAAUUUAUGAUCACAGCUAAUCUUCUCGAACACAAAACAACUAAUGAUGAUAAUGUUGUUAUUACACUUAAGGGUGCACCUGAUUUUGUUUUACCACGAUGUUCAACAUAUAAAACAGAUGAAGGUAGUGAUGAAAUCCCUAUAACCGAUGAAUUUAAACAAUCAAUUCAACAACGACAAGAAGCUCUAGGUAAAUCAGGAUAUCGAGUUAUUGCUAUGCUUCAACAAACAAUAAGUAACAAUGAAUAUAUGACAAAAAUGGAAGAAUAUAGAAAAAGUAAGAAAGAAACUCAAUCAGUAUCCGAUGAACCUGAUCUCAAUGGAUUACCAAUUAAUAAUUAUUGUUUUAUUGGUAUGUUUUCUCUACUUGAUCCGGCUCGUCCUGAAGUUCCUGAUGCUGUUCUCAAAGCACGUCGAGCUCAAAUUCGUGUGGCUAUGGUUACUGGUGAUCAUCCAACGACUGCUGCUGCAAUUGCAAAAAAAGUUAAUAUUCUAUCGAAAGAAGUUAGUAUUGAUAAUGGUAUUGAUACAUUCAAAAUCGAACGUAAUAGUGAAACAGGUGAAACAUUAGCUCGUCUCAUGCGUAAUUCAAAUACAGUACUCGAAACACAUUCUGUUGGUGAACUCACUACCAAUAUUGAUGUUAAGGGUAUCGAUGCACUGGAUACCGAUGACGAACAGAAGAAAAAGAAGAAGCCAAAUAUUUGUUCGCGAUUACUUGCAAAGCUUCGAUUCUAUUUGUCUGAUCCUAAUCAAUCAAAACAUAUCGAAAAACUUCCACUCAUUCCAUAUGGAGUGGUUGUUGCCGGUGGUGAUAUUCCUUCGAUGGAUGAUUAUAUGUGGGAUUGGGUUUUAUCACAUCAAGAACUUGUCUUUGCUCGAACAUCACCUGAACAAAAAUUACGUAUUGUCAUGGAAUUAUCUAAAAGAGGUGAGGUAGUAGCAGUCACUGGUGAUGGAACCAAUGAUGCACCAGCUUUAAAACAAGCUGAUUUAGGUGUGGCAAUGGCUGCUGGAACUGAUGUAGCUAGAGAAGCUGGUGAUAUGAUUCUACUUGAUAAUAAUUUUUCAUCAAUUAUUAAAGCGAUCGAAACAGGUAGAUUGUUAAGUGACAAUCUAAAAAAAGUGGCUAUCUAUCUAUUACCUGGAGGUUCUUGGUCUGAAGUAAUUCCGGUAUUUUUUACAAUUUGGCUUGGUAUUCCUCUUUCAUUAUCUGCUUUUUUGGCCAUCAUUUUUUGUAUGCUUAAUGAUGUUGUCAAUGCAUUAGCGAUGGUUUCAGAAAAAGCUGAAGAUGAUAUUAUGUCUCGCCCUCCAGCUAUUCGUCACAAGACUCAUUUAUUAGAUUGGAAAUUACUUUUUCAUGCCUAUAUCCUUGUUGGUACUAUUGAAUGUUUUUCAGCAUAUUUUUGUUUUUUCUGGUUUUAUUCAUCACAAGGUAUUCCACUUAGCAGUAUCUUUUUUACUUAUUCAAAAUAUGGUAAAAAUCCUUACAUUAAUAAGACAGAAGAUGAACUUACACUGAUUCAACAAAAAGGUCAAUGUAUUUACUAUGUUGCUCUAUGUAUAAUGCAAUUUUUCAAUUUACUCUCAUCACGAACACGACACGUUUCAUUUUUUCGACACAAUCCAUUUUUUGGUAAAGCACGUAAUUUAACAAUUGUAUUUGGUAUUAUUUUUUCAACAUGCGUCGGUCUAAUUAUUACACUUAUUCCAUGGCUUAAUCAUGUUUUUAAAACUCAUCCUGUACCCGUUAAAUUCGUUUGUCCAGCUAUAGGAUUUGGUGCAGCGAUGUUUAUACUUGAUGAAAUACGAAAAUUUUUCGUUCGACGUUAUCCAAAUUCUUUUCUUGCUAAAAUGGCUUGGUAA